AUCAUCAACAUAUAAUUUCCAAUAGCUUUCUUUCCUAGCUUUUGUAGCAGUUCUAAAUAGCAUUUUCCCCUUCCUAAUCAGGUGACUGUCUCCAAAUCAAGUAUAUUCUACUAUUCACUUUGGGUAUACAAUGGCUAGAAUUUCCUUUGGGCCAACCUUGAUUUUCUUAAUCUGCUGCUUCAUCAUCUUUUCACAUUCGUUAUCAGUAUUUGUGAAAAAAGAGAAGGCAAACCAGGUUCUGAGGAUUCAGAAACGUGCUAACACUUUCUUGGAGGAGAUUCUCGCAGGAAAUUUGGAGAGAGAAUGCAGAGAAGAACAGUGUUCAUUUGAAGAGGCAAAAGAGAUUUUCAAGUCAAAGGAGAAAACGAUGGAGUUUUGGUUCGAUUACAAAAAUUCCAACCCCUGUAAAGAAAAUACAUGUAACAAUGGUGGCAUAUGUAAGGUCAAACACUAUACAUAUUCCUGUACAUGUCCCCCGAGGUAUGGAGGAAAUCAGUGUGAAAUAGAGAAAUUUGAAUGCUGGUACAAAAAUGGAGAUUGUUGGCAAUAUUGUCAAGAUACCGAACAUUCACGUCGUGUGAUCUGCUCCUGUGAAGCAGGAUAUACGCUAAGUGAAGACGGGAAGGGUUGUACGCCCUCAGAUCGCUUUCCUUGUGGGCUGAUUAAGCGAUCCACACGUUCUUAUGAGCGAGGAAGAGUCACACAAAGUGAAACAAAUGCUCAUGAGAACAUGACCAACUGGAAUCAGACGUUAAGUUGGGCUUCCUCAGGAUGGUUGAAUCUCACAGCAGAAACUGAAGAUGACAUGGAAAAGCUAGAAGGAAAUUUCACAGAGGAGGAUUUACUCAGAUGGCCAAAUAUUAGCUCCACAGAUGAAGAAAAAACCAGAAUAAUUGGGGGAUCUUUCUGCCGCCCAGGAGCAUGUCCUUGGCAGGUACUGAUUCAAAAUAAUAGAGAUUACGGUUUUUGUGGGGGCAGCUUGAUCAGUAGUCAGUGGGUACUUACUGCAGCACACUGUUUUGACAACAUUAUUCCACACCACGUUACAGUGGGAGACUUUGACAAACAUCAGCGAGAACGAGAUGAACAAAAAGUAAGAGUACGGCGUCACUGGAGACAUCCUCAGUAUAACUCACAGAACUACAACAAUGACAUUGCUUUGGUCCAAUUGACUAGCGAUGUGAUUUUUACCCAGAACGUACUUCCUAUUUGCCUUCCUCGUCCUAGCCUAGCUAAUGUGCUGAUUGAAGGCGUAGCCCAUGGAAUAGUUAGUGGAUGGGGUGCAACUCAUGCUAAGGGUAAGUUAACUCGCUUUCUCAUGAAAGUUAAGUUGCCUAUUGUGAGCAUGGAGACCUGUCGGCAGUCCACCAAGAAGCUCAUUACGGACAACAUGUUUUGUGCUGGCUAUGAUGGGGAAGGACAGGAUGCUUGCAAAGGAGAUAGUGGUGGACCUUUUGCUGUGUCUUAUCACAAUACUUGGUUUCUCUUGGGGAUUGUCAGUUGGGGAGAAGGUUGUGCUGAAGUGGGGAAAUACGGAGCUUAUACUCUAGUACCCAAUUAUGUUUCAUGGAUAAAUGAAGUAAUCGAAACUAAUUCUUGAAGGGUUUUUUUUUGCCUAACCUGCAGUGAAGGCCCAUCUGUAUAAAAUAUUUUUUUGUGUGUUUGGUAAUAUUUAACAACUUGAAUAGCCAGGUCACAUUGCAGGUUUGUUUCCUAUAGCUGCUCUUAACUGAAAUAAACAAUUAAGUUGCCCUUUUCUUUGUAUAGAAACAGAAUUGUUCUAUAAAUCUGCAUCCAAUUCAGAUUUAAGCAUAAGCAACUGGAUAAGUAGAAAUACUGCCUCAGUCCCUCCUUCCCAAAGUGAUUUUUUAAUCCUUGUAAAAGGACUUCAAGGAUACUGACAAAAAUAGAAUCACAGUGUCAUGCCACAAGUUGUUUCUUUCAUGUUUGAACAAGAUCAGGAUAUGUGUUAAAAAGGGUGGGACUUGCAUGGUGAUUCCACAACUCUUUCAUUAUUCUGACCCUACCUUGAAAUCUUUCCCCCUACUGCCACCUCCACAAAUGCCAAGGGGUUGUGUGAUCCUGCAAAAUGCAGUAGGCUAUGGUGGAAAAGGAAGAGCCAAACAUUCAAUUUGUGUUUAUGCAAACAUGCAUAAUUUGAUGACUGACAAACCAUUGUCAUGGAUUCCCAAAAUACGUUUGAACUCUAAAAUA